GGGUUGGCAGCAAUCCUCAAGGGCCAAACGCGUCGAACAAUAGAAUGAAAAAGGCAAUGGGUCCAGCACCACGAAACCCGCUCCAUUGGGCUGUUGCACUCACUGCGGACCAACAAGUCCUUCACUUUGUGCAGAAAGAGGCAUACCCAAUAAAUGCACUCACGCCAAGGAGCUGGACAGCAGCACAUCUGGCAGCCAGAGAAGGCAACACAAAGAUCAUGAAGACGCUUCUAACAGCCCCGGGGGUCGAUCUCAAGAUCAAGAACGAAGAAGGACGCACGCCGCUCCAUCUUGCCGCCCUACACAAUAGAGUCGGGGCUGUCAAAUUACUGUUACAACGAGACACUAGGCUACUUGGCGUUCGAGAUAAGAGAGGGCGGACUGCUUUUUUACUAGCAGCGCAGAAAGGACACGUUAAGGUACUCCAGGCUCUCAAAGAGCAUGGGCAGAACUUUAAUGAGGCGAGCGUGAGUCAUGGGUGGACGGGGUUGCAUCUUGCGGCCGAGGAAGGUCAGGUGGAGGCCGUCAAGUUCCUCGUGGCUAAUGGUGCGAAGAAAGAUAAGGAGACUAAAGGUGGCGCGUGGAAAGGUUCUACCGCCAAACAAGUUGCUGAGCGGAAAGGGAAGCUAGAGGUGCUCCAGUUCCUCUGAGAUUCCUCUAAUUAGAACCA